CCUCCACAAGACAACGGUACACAUUUUACCGCCGAUUGUAGACCACGCGUCGUAUGAGCUUGUUUCUCCCAGACGCAGUGACUUUUUUUUAACAGCAGCCACAAAUUCAGGAUCGCCCGACGGUGCCUCUCCCUUUAAACUCUGUCCCUCUGCGGACGACAGAUCAUCUCGUUGGAUGCAGAAACUAGCAACGAUGCGGCGGCCCUGCUGUUAACUCRUUGGACUGGACGGGGGCGAAAAGAAAAACGUCUUUUUCGCCGGUUCACUCUUUCUCAAAAGGAGGCAGAAAGAAUAGAAAUCCACAAUGAAGCUGAAACCGAACCAGACCAGGACAUACGACGGAGAYGGCUUUAAGAAAAGAGCAGCUUGUCUGUGCUUCAAGAACGAACGUGAAGAGGAGGUUCUGCUAGUCAGCAGCAGUCGGCACCCGGACCAGUGGAUUGUUCCGGGAGGAGGGAUGGAGCCCGAGGAGGAGCCGUGUGGCGCUGCGGUACGAGAGGUCUUUGAGGAGGCCGGUGUAAAGGGCAAGCUAGGACGCCUACUUGGUGUAUUUGAGCAAAACCAGGACCGGAAGAACCGAACCUACGUGUAUGUACUGACGGUCACGGAGACAUUUGAAGCCUGGGAGGACUCKGUCAGCAUAGGCCGUAAGCGGGAGUGGUUCACUGUGGAUGAAGCCAUCAAAGUGCUGCAGAGCCACAAACCCGUUCACGCCGAGUACCUGAGGAGGCUCCAGCUCAGCUGCUCCCCCACCAACGGAAACUCCAUCCUCCCGAGCCCACCCCCAAACGACAACUACCCCCAUUACAGCACCUCUGCACCGUCGACGGGCAGCGUGCUGGCCUCCUCCUGCAGAUAGGACUGCACCUCCUUCCUCCCUUUCCUUUUUUUUUUUCUUUCCCUGUACAGUCUCUUGCAUGAAUCUAAAGACUUCUACGAGCCUCGGCUCGCUUGUAUUUAUAAUUUCUUAUCACGGACUGCAAGACUUGACCAAAGCUGGCGCCAGAACUGAGCUAAAAACUGAGCAGGAAAAGCUCGCGUCUGGAUGUGGCUAAUUCAUGGAGCACCAGGAUGCAGUUUGGGAGAACAAAGCUGUCGACAACGCUGGUGUGAACAACCUACAGUGAAGGAAUGCCUUACAGAAACUUUGUAUGAAUGUUAUAUUUGAGUUUUUUUUUUUUUCUUUACGUGGCCUCCCAGAGAGCACAGUGUGUUGAAUGUCUCCAGAUGUCUUGAUGGUAACAGUGAAAUCACAACACGUGGGUAUUUAUUAAACAGAAAACAGCUAAACUUAGUUUUUGUUUAACAUUCUCCAGUGAAGUUCAUUCACUGCUUUUUAACACAAACAGUGGUGUUAAAACGACAUAAAGAGUAAUGUAAGAAGUUGGCAAAACCUUUGCUCCAGAUACAAGUUUUUGAUACUUUCUACCUCAGUCAACUGGAUAUGAUUGUCCUGUUUUGUGAACACCUCCUCAGAAGCAGCUCUGCUGUUUGUAAGUUAAACUUGAGCGCUGCAGCGUUACGUGUCAGCUAACUGCGACAAACGUCCACACAACGCCCCUUUUCUCCUUCUCUAAAGAAACAAAUCACUUUGCUUGUUAUUCUACAGAGCUCUGAGUUUCAAAGCUUUAAAAGAAAAUAUUUUUCUUCAACCCAAACUUGUAAAUUAAGUGACAAAAAUUUUGUUUUUCAAAUCCCCCCAAAAAAACAAAACAAAAAAAGAUACAUUUCACAUUUUAGGUUCGUAUUUUCCACUUGCUCAUGCUAACCCCUCCACUGAAAAUCCGCCCUUUCUGCUUCGACAGCUUGAAUGACAACCAGUCAACCAUGAUGGUGAAAUGUAAAUAACUUUGAGAAGCGCUGUAAAAAGAAAAGAAGUGUUUUUAACCUGAACGUACCUGUACAUUUUCUCAAUAUUUUCUAUAUUUUUAAAAGAUGCACACGCCGUAGGGGGAAGGUGUACAGCGCUGAAUGUAUCAUGGUUGAAGAUGUGCCACAGGUUACGGAUGGAAAGCUUUGUGGAAGUAAAGACAAAAAUCUGUAUUUCAAAAUAAGAUGUAUUGUUUGGGAUUUGAUUAAGGUACUUGCACAGAAUUGGUCAUAUAAUGUAAAUUAAGCGAAAUGCAAAGCUAUACAGAUAAUUAAGAUAGCUGUGUUGUAUUUUGGAAAAAAACACGAUUUAAAAAAAUCUUAAUCUAAUCUUUUAAAGAUUUUAAACUGUUUAAGGUAUUAUCUUAAUUUUAAAGAUAACUAAUCGUGCGUUUUAUCUAGCGACACACUUCCUUUUUUACAGUUUUAAAAACUAACUCGUUUUCUGAUCGCUGUGUUUACUCCUGUUACAUCAUUUCAGUUAAUUUGUCGCAGCCUGACCUCUGUGUGUAAAUGUUUAUUACAAAGUUGAUCAACUUUAAUUAUGUGCCAAAAUUCAAACUUUGUCUUCAAGUAGGAGGGAAAUAACCUAAACAUAUAAGUAAAUUUUACCUUUCAGGAUUUCAAAACUUUUUUUUUUGAGUUUUUACAUCCUGUAACAUGGGUUAAGUUAAAUUCAAUUUAUUUGUCCUGCUGUUAAAACUGCUGCUUGAAUACUUUUCUCUCCACUUGAAGUCUCAUCGAAUGUUUUUGGACGUGUUGAUUUUCAGCUGAUAUUACUCUUAACAAGAACUUUUUUUUAACAUUCAACRCUAAUGAAAAUGUCAGUUUAAUAUGAUUUUAUGCAAAGCAGAUAUUUGUGUGGAAGCGAUGCGAACUGGAAAGAUCGUUUCUCUAGAUAUCGCAUUAAAGACGAAAUAUCUUACUGUAA